CUCACUUAUUUUUCUUCUUUGUCCUUUACUUUCUUUUUUCUUUUUUUUUUAAUAAAAGAACUAACGAAAUAAGAUGUUCUUGUAUCAUCAUUAUCAUCGUAGUUAAAAAUUGAUUAAGCUUGCUUGUCUACUUAAACUUGAUUUCUUCAAAUGUACGCGUAAACUCGGAUUUCCAUUCUCAAUCCCAUUCUUCCAUUUCCAAGCUUCUCUUUUUUCUCAGGUUCUUCAAUUUGGAUUUUCUUUGUCAUAUGUCCACUAUGAUCUUCAAGAACAGUGAAUGCUAGUCAAUUUAUGUCCAUUGUGAUUUAUGGGAACCCAGAAAACAUGAACUUGAGAUUUUGAAGCGAUAUCAUUUGGAGGACUUGUAGGACGGAUGAAGUCAAUGUUGUUGAAGCAGGUCCUCUUACUCUUUUUUAUUUUAUUGGGCUUUGGUGGCUAUGUCAAGGCUGAAGAAUCCACUAAGGUGGUUGAUCGUCCGAGGUUAAGAGUUGCACCAUUGAAGGAUUUUAUAAAUGAUGUUACUGAAGGCACAGGUGCCAAAGAUGUUUUCAGUGCUGAGACCACCUCUACCAAUCCUAUUGAGGGAAAACCUGCAAAUACCAGAGUUUCCGUCACAACUGUUGCGUUAUUUACCCUAGCUAUGGCGGCUGCCAGUGGUUUUGGGGCUAUUCCUUUCUUUUUUGUCGAGCUUGAUCCUCGCUGGGAGGGCUUAUGCGGUGGAAUGGCUGCCGGUGUCAUGCUGGCUGCAAGCUUUGAUCUUAUACAGGAAGGCCAAGAGUAUGGUCAUGGAAGUUGGGUUGUCAUUGGGAUAUUGUCUGGUGGCAUUUUUAUUUCACUCUGUAAGAAGGUGCUUGAUCGGUAUGGUGAGGUAAGUAUGCUGGACAUAAAAGGUGCUGAUGCAGCAAAAGUUGUUCUUGUGAUCGGAAUUAUGACUCUACAUGCUUUUGGGGAGGGUGCUGGUGUUGGCGUCUCAUUUGCUGGUUCAAGAGGUUUAUCUCAGGGCCUUUUAGUGACUUUAGCUAUUGCUGUUCACAAUAUACCUGAAGGAUUGGCUGUAAGUAUGAUGCUUGCCUCAAGGGGGGUAUCUCCUCAAAAUGCGAUGUUAUGGAGUGUGCUGACAUCCUUGCCCCAGCCCAUUGUGGCAGUGCCAGCAUUUAUAUGUGCUGAUGCAUUUAACAAAUUCUUACCUUUCUGUACGGGCUUUGCUGCUGGAUGUAUGAUCUGGAUGGUUAUUGCAGAAGUUCUUCCAGAUGCAUUUAAGGAAGCUUCGUCAUCUCAAGUAGCAUCAGCAGCUACACUCUCUGUAGCAUUCAUGGAAGCAUUGGGUUAUGUCUUCCAAAAUUUCAGUAAUAACUACAAGUCAGAAGAUGUUUCUGGGUUUCUCAUCUCAUUGCUUUUUGGCCUGGGGCCACUAGUUGGUGGUAUUGUCCUUGUUGCAUUUGCUGUUGCUUUUCAUCUUCAACAUGCACUGUUGACCGGUAUAGCUUGUGGUAUUGCCUUUAUCCUGGGCGUAUGGCGACCCUUGCAGCUACUUUUUUAUUCAAAAAUGGGGUUUGUUCCGCUGAUAUUGCUGCUUGCCUUGGGAGCUGUUGUUGUACAUGUAUUAACAUCCAGCAUUCUGGACGCGAUUAAGAAAAAGAGAAACUCGGCAUCCUUGUUUUCUGGUGGUGGGUGUUCAUUAAGUGCCCUGACUAUUCAGUCAUUUUUAUCAUGCACAGCAAUUGCAUUCCAUGCAUUGGCAGAAGGCCUAGCGCUGGGAGUAGCAGCACCAAAAGCUUAUGGACUUGGCCAGCAUAUAGUGUUGCCCGUGUCUCUACAUGGGCUAAUUCGUGGGGCUGCAGCGGCAAGCUGCAUAUACGGGGCUACGGACAGUUGGCACGGAUCUCUUGCAGCAGCCACACUGAUUGGGUUGGUGGGCCCAGUAUCAGCUAUUGGAGCAAUAAUAACUGGGAUUGACUACAAAGGGCUGGACCACUUGAUGAUGAUAGCGUGUGGGGGUUUACUCCCAAUAUUCGGAAGCAUAGUUGGCAGAGCUGUGAAGUUGGAUAGGCAGAAGUGUAGUUUUGGUAUGAUAAUCGGUUUAGGUUUUGCUAGUGUAUGUUUUAUGUUCUCUAAAUUGGUCUGCUUGAACACACCCUACUGCAACUCGGCCCCAGAAGCUGUUAGAUGAAGUUUAUCAUAUGGAAGGUGAUUGUUGCUGCAGAUAGAUAGUGGAAGACCAAAGACUCUAGAAUCAUCAUGAUGAACAUCAAGAGUUGAAGAGUUGUACUCCAUUAAAAAGGAUAACUCAUCUGCGAGGUAGUGUGGGUGUAGGAGAAAUUCUCCAUCGGCUGUACAUCUGAUCUCAUUCAUACACUGAUAUUGUUCUAUGAUAUUACUUCACUGUACAGCAUAAUUUACACCUCUUUUUACUGGAAAUGUUUUUACUUGUAGAAA